UUGCGGUGAAGGCUGUUAGCAAACAACGCUGCCUGGAGGAUGAGUACACACGGAAGAACCUGCGAAGAGAGGGUUCUCUGCUGCAGAAGCUACGACAUUCCCAUCUCAUCCAACUGUACGAGGUCCUGGAGACCAGGCGCACUUACUAUCUGGUCAUGGAACUGUGCACUGGAGAGAGCCUGCUGCAAAGAAUAGAGAGGAGCGGACCAAUCGAAGAACCCACAGCCCGUCGGUAUCUGAACCAGAUUGUGACCGCUGUGCGAGACCUCAAGGUCGAAAAUCUUCUUCUAUCGGAAGAUGACAAUGUGAAAAUCAUCGGUAAGUUAUUGGAGCUUCAAGGUAUGGGGCUUUCCUGA